AUGUAUAUGGUUAUAGAAGAGGGAAAUGAAAACGAGAAACCCCCCUACAGCUACGUUGCUCUCAUUGCUAUGGCCAUAGAAGCCUCGCCUGAAAAGCGGCUAACACUCAGUCAGAUCUAUAAGUUCAUCGACGCGAAGUUCCCUUACUAUCGCGCAGCCGACCCUAAACGCCGCCAAGGAUGGCAAAAUAGCAUUCGCCACAAUCUCUCACUUAAUGAUUGCUUUUUAAAGAGAGCCCAGUCACUGAAUAAAGUCAAAGCCUAUGAAAUGGAAUGCAUACUUUCGACCUGA